CGGAAGCGGCCCAAUGGGCGGGCGCGUUGUUGAGUUGCGGGGUCGGUAGCGGCUGGAGGAGAGGAGAAGCGUGGAGGCUGCCUGAAAUUCUGGAACUGCGCUGAAAGGUAACUGGAAGUUAAGGGUUUUCUUGAGACCUGCGUUUCCAUUGAGGUUACUGCUUCGUUACAUCCAGUGCCUGUUCCUGGAGAGCUUGGAGUUUGGCGUGCUGUGGCUAUAUAAUUAUGAAGUGUUGAUUGCGUGACUAUCUGAAUAAUUAUUUUUUUUCUUUAUGUAUGCUUCGAGGUUGAGUACAUUGUGCCCUUUAUCUGGAAAGAAACUGAUAAAGACAACCACUCAGUCACUGACUUACAAAGGCUUACACCAUCUCUGUAUUCUAGAUACUACUAUAAUGUUACUUAUUUAUAGCAUAACAGAAAUGCCAGGAUACUGAUUUUUGACAUGCUUAUAAGAAUCAGAAUAAACCCUGUUUUAUAACAUGGUAUUGACAGAAUUUUAGGACAGACUGCAGGUUUGAUUUUUGUUUUUAGUAUCUGAUGAAAAGAUGUUUCUGGGUUUCAUUUUUUUUAUGGGGAUAUUGGGAGAGCACGAGAAGGGUUCCAGGAAGAAUGCCAUUAUCGUGUUAUUAACAGUGAAACUGUUCUAAAUACUGUGCCAUCUGUUUAAUCCAGACUGCCUCUGUCUGGUUUCAGCACUGAAUGUUUUUCCCUGGGAGGUAAAGUCUGCAAGAUACAAUGUCAGAGUGAGAGGAGAUGCGUUUGUUUUUUUGUAACGUGUUGGAGGAUGGAACUGGGGAAGGAUUCUUUAUCUGUUGGGUAUCAGGGAGUUAAAUCUCCAUCACAUGGACAAUGAUCUGUCUGAUACCUGUGAAGUAUUUCUCCUUUCUUGUAGUGUCAGAAAGCUACCGGCUAUGUGCUCAGUAUCUAGUGUUGCUGUGGAAUGUUGAUAUUUUCCUCUGAAAUAUUUUUCAGUGAUCUGUAAACACGUUAGAUACCAAACAAAAUAGUUUUCUUUGUGAUGGAAAAAGGUAAGGUCAUGGCCUUGUGUUUUGUUUUGUUUGCUUGUUUUGUUUUUCAUAGUGUAUUUAAGUAUGGCUUGAUGAUUUAUCCAUGAAGCCAUACUUUACCGAUAUUGCCAAGCCUAUCAGCUUCUACGUUCAGUACUGAUCACAGCGGAUUGACUUUGUGUGACUCAUUGUAGUCAAACAGAAUUAUAGGGGCGGAGUACACUCUGCAAGAUUCACCUUCAAAUACACUGCAAAUUUCAGGGUUGAACAAGGUUUUGGUAUCUGUUUCCCCCCACCCAAGUACAUAAAACCUCUUGAUAGGACUAACUUUGUGCAGUUUAUUGAUUUGCUCUAGAGUGAGAUUGCUUAAUGUCUUGCUUCCUAAAUUUCCUUUUCUUGCAGUAUGUGCUGUACUCUUUCUUUCCAAAAUAAAAGACUGCAGAUAUGGGGGAUGUGAUGUUUUGGGGAUAUAGAAAGCUUUCUGAAGCUGUAUCUUCACCAAAUAAGUGAGUUUAGAUAAUUUUAAGGGACCUCAGUGUCUUGUUAUAGCCUGUUUUUGAGAAGUAAACUUCAAUUGUUAGGGCUGGAACUAUAGUGUAGACAAGGAGUUAACAUAAAGAAGAGAAAUUUUUGUCUUAUGUAGAACAUACUGGAUAUCCUUUAGGAAGAGAAGGUCAUUGGGAUUCUGUGUACAAAUAAUCAGUACUUGUUAUGGUUAAUUCAGUUGCUUUUUUUUUCUUUGCUACUGUUCAUGGUGGUGAUAAUUUCUGAAAAUAAAGUGUUCUAGGAUACAGUUACAUUAGUGUCUAUCCAGCCACCCUAGUUGUGAUUAGCUGGAGUUCCUGCUUAUGUUAGUAGGUUAGGGGAAGGUGGCAAGGCUUUCUUGAUAGCUUUCAGAAGCCUGUGUUUCCAGAACUUUUUGUUGAUGUAUGUUCUAGAUUAACAGAUUAAUUGUUGGUACUAUUCUUCUCUGCCUGUGCACACUAACAUUCUCCUUAUCAGUGAUUUGUACUGAGUAGUAUGCUCUUCCAGAUUAGUUUCUGGAGUAGAGAGCUGCAUGACAGACAGUGACUUGAAUUUUUUUCAACUUUGACAUGACAAGAGGUGUGUUUUGUUUUUUUUUUCCACUUAAUGUGUUAAUACAUACUUGAAUUGCUUAAAACUAAAUACUACGUAUUUUUCUCCUGAAAUUGCAUGUUACUUUCUCAGGCUCUAUGUUGGUUAUUUAUACUUCACCGGAAGCCUGUUGUUGUUCAAAUAAAAUUGUCAUUCCUGCUUUAAUUGCUGUAAUGAUGAAAAAGGUUUUUCCUUAGUCCACCUUGGUUUCUUUAGAUGUUUGUUUGUUUUUUUUUUUUUAAAAAAAAAGGCUAUGAAAGGCGGGAAAGUAAGUUACCUUCUCAGGCUGCAGUAGAGCUAAAUAUUUCAUGGAUUGUAUUAUAAUGUCAAACCACUGUUUCACUCGUCUUUAGGAGGAGUGAUGUGCUCUUGCAACACUGUUAGUUUCUCUCUGUAUUUUGGCAAUCCAGAGAUCAUUCUUCACAGGAACAACUGUACUGGAUUAAUCUGCUAUCCUAUCUUGAAGUCUAAAGCUCUUGGAUCCUGGUAUGUGACAAGACCAUUGUUUCAAUCCUGCUUGUUCCCCAGGGCUAAGCAGUAGUUGACAGCAGAUGCUCUAUUCUUAUUCUUUUUUUAUAGGCAAGUGUAUCAGGUUACUUCUUAGGUCAGCUCUCUCAGUGGGGAUAAUGUUUUGUGUAGCUUUUUCUUCCAUGAAUGUACCUAAUUUUUUAAAACUCUUGAGUCCGUGUAUGGUUUUUGAAUCAACAAGCAUCACCAUAUAUCUUGUAUUGUGUGAAUAACUCAUUCCUUAGUUCUGUUUUGAACCUGUUAUCUGAGAACUUCAUAUGAUACCCCUGUUUUCUGUAGUAGGAGGGACAGAAUUGUUUGGCUAUUUCCCAAACAGUUUGAUAUGAGUUUAGAAUCUUUAAAAUCAAGCUAAUAUGUUCAGUCAAUACUUGCCUGGGCAGGAAAAGAAUUUUAGCUUUCAUUUUUUCAUUUUCUUUCUUUGUUCCUUUGUGUAAAGAUAUAAACUAAUAUCUGGCAGUGAAGCUGAAGGCUUCCUCAGCUGACUCCCAGUGAAGGCCAUCUUUGCCAUAGGAGUUACCAUUUCGGAAGAAGUCCUGUGACUCCUGGGGAGCAAGUGAUCUAACCAGACAGAGACAGUCAUCAAUCGUAGGUUUUGACUUGCUACUUCAGUCAGGUAUUUUCAUUUACAAAUGGUAUAGUUACAAGAAGUAAUUUUUAUUUAAUGCUGUCUUUAGCUGUGCUUCCUUUGCAGUUGUUACCUUGUAGUAGAUAAAAUUUCAUGCAGAAUUUUGUUCAAGCAAACAUUAACUUCUGAGUUGCAUAAUUUGCUCAGACACUUCAUGUAGGCUCUAAAGGUAACUGUAAAAUAGUGAUGAUGACUUUAGGAAAUAUUUGUAGGUGUUAUGCAUUAUCUGACUAAUCUUAUUUUUCCUGAACCUUUCUUUUGCUGUCUUUUUUUUUUUUUUUUUUUUUUGGCAGAAACCGAGAUUCUUAAAUAAUGGAAUCACUGGAGGGUUGAGGUUGGAAGGGACCUCUGGCGAUCAUGUAGUUCAACUCCUUUGUUCAAAGCAGGGCCUACUAGGGCAGGUUCCUCAGGACGUUGUCCCCUCAGUUUUUGAAUAUCUCCAAAGGCAGAGACUCCACAGGCUCUUUGGAAAACAGGGCAGUAUUUGAAGACUUGACAAAUGCAUCCCAGGCUGAAAAACUGCACUUCUCCUCCACUUCCUCCUUUAGAAAACUGACUUCUUUAAAGAGAGGUAAGAGAGAAGCUAUAGAAGUAAGAAAAUGUUGGGAUCAGAACGAGGUGUGGUGGAAGAAUGGCUGUCAGAAUUCAAGGCAUUACCUGAAACACAAAUUUCCAGCUAUGCAGCUACAUUGCACCGAAAAAAAACAUUGGUACCAGCUCUUUAUAAAGUUAUUCAAGACCCAAAUAAUGAGCUCCUGGAGCCUGUUUGCCACCAGCUCUUUGAACUAUAUCGCAGUUCUGAAGUUCGGCUGAAGAGGUUCACAUUGCAGUUUUUGCCAGAGUUGAUCUGGGUGUAUCUGCGUCUUACUGCCAGCAGGGAUAGGCAAAGUAAUGGUUGCAUUGAAGCAUUGCUGCUUGGCAUUUACAACUUGGAAAUUGCUGACAAAGAUGGAAACAACAAAGUUUUAUCUUUCACCAUCCCUUCAUUAUCUAAACCCUCCAUAUAUCAUGAGCCUUCUACAAUUGGAUCCAUGGCUUUAACUGAAGGAGCUCUCUGUCAGCAUGAUCUCAUCAGGGUAGUUUACAGUGAUCUUCAUCCUCAAAGAGAAACCUUCACAGCACAGAACCGGUUCGAGGUGCUGAGCUUUCUCAUGCUGUGCUACAAUUCUGCUAUUGUCUAUAUGCCUGCCUCUUCUUACCAAUCACUUUGUAGGAUGGGUUCCAGGCUGUGUGUGAGUGGAUUUCCACGGCAGCAUGAGAAACGCUGGAAAGAACACUGUGGUAGAGUGGUGUUGGACCCUGACUUCAUGGUGCAGCUGCUCACAGGUGUCUAUUAUGCCAUAUAUAAUGGUCAAUGGGAUCUUGGUCAGGAGGUAUUGGAGGACAUAAUUUACAGAGCACAGCUUGAACUUUACUCACAGCCUCUGUUGGUUGCAAAUGCCAUGAAGAACUCACUGCCCUUUGAUGCUCCUGAUGCAUCACAAGAAGGCCAGAAGGUACUGAAAGUAGAAGUUACUCCAACAGUGCCAAGGAUUUCUCGGACUGCCAUUACAACAGCUUCUAUCCGUCGUCACCGCUGGAGGAGAGAAGAUGGCUUUGACUUCUCAAACGAGGCUGACUCAAGCAUACCUGGCUCACCGAUCCAACACGGCUCCACAGACCUAGGGAUCAAACGUGAGCAAGAGGGGGAGGUGCUGAUGCGCAGGACCCCUGAGCAUGGCUUCCUGGAGCCCACCUUGGCAGCAGCCACAACAGAGGAUGCUGAAGGUGUAAAUGGAAGAGAGGAAUCUGUGAACCUUAAUGAUGCUGAUGAAGGAUUUUCAUCAGGAGCUUCCCUCAGCAGCCAGUCAGUUGGGACCAAACCUCAAUCAUCUGUAUCCCAGAAGGGCAGCUUAAGGAAAACAGCAAGUGGAUGUUCUGCUAAGGAUAAAGAAACCUCUUCUGCAGCAAAAUCCAAUGAGAGCCCUCGAGAUUCAGUAGCUCGGAAGCAGUACAUACACCAAUCCACUGACCUUGGUACAGAUAUAAUUGAGAUGACACCUACUAAGAAACACCUCAGCCUGCCUGCUGGGCAGGUGGUGCCAAAAGCCAACAGUUUGAGCCUGAUCAGGACCGCCAGUGCUUCCUCCAGUAAAUCAUUUGACUACGUCAAUGGCAGUCAAACAGGCUCCAGUGUUGGCAUUGGUACAGAAGGUGUUACCAGUCUAGCCGCUGGCAACAGCAAUCGGUUUUCAACUAUCAGCCUACAGGAGGACCGACUAGGCCAAGCUGGGGAAGGUAAAGAUCUUUUCCCCCCAGGAGCUCCCUUAACAAAGCAGUCUCGAUCUCCAAGUUUCAAUAUGCAGCUGAUAUCCCAGGUGUAACUUUAUCUCCCUUCAUUAGGACUCCCUCUUUCCCCUAAAUCCCCAGGCAAGUUCAUCCUUAGGCAAAACAAGAACCAUCAUCCUGCAGUGUGAAAAUACUGACUGUUGUGAUCUUGUUUGAUUUGGUCUAGCUAUCAUACCAUAUUACUGAAACAGCAAUAAUUCUUCCCUCACCUUCAUUUCCCCCCCUUGUAAAGAUGGUUGUGAAGCAGUAUAUAAUGUACUGUAUGCCUAUUUCCAUGCCUUCCUUUCUCCUUGGGUGACGUGCAAUCCAUCGUAGGCUGAUCAGUCCCAUUUCAACACUGUGAGACUGGAGACACCAACGGAAAUGGUGAAUGUGAUCCCUAUGAGAUGAUGCUUUGGCUCUGUUAAGAAAUAGAAACGGGUUCGUUUUCUCGGUCUACAGUACUGCAAAGACUACUGGAUCAUGACUUUUCUUUCUCAGAACCAGGAGUGCCUCAGAGAUUCUGAUGUGACUUUGGACCUCUCUGAGUUUGUGCAAUCAAUUCUGGGGAGGGGAUCGUCAUUGCUGCUCCUGGCUGCUUACAGCACUUUUUCAUUAAAAUGAGGGUAGAUUUUUCUUGCCUGCCCCCGGUCUCUCAUCCCAGAAGCUUUUGAUGUUCAGCAACUGAGACAUGCAUAUUAACAAGUUGUUUUCCCUCAGAGAGAGGAUUGUAAGUAGAUAAUGUAGGUUACAAUGCACUUCUAAUGGCGUUGUAGCCAUAUGUAAUGUUACAUGUCUUCCCUUCCAGGACACAGGGUCAUUCUGCAUGUAGACUAAAAUCUAGACAAGAUCAUGCUGUUAAAGCAAUUUGGUUUGUAAAUGGGAGGGAGACACUACUUUCCCAGGAACUAAUGGCUAGCUUUGCUCCAUUUUUGUUAUUGGUGUUCUUGUUGUUGUUUUUCUUGUGAGGUGGUGAUCACUGAGAUGAAAGGUGUAUUCGGGUAAAGAGUAUUUCUCAGGCUGCUUUCUAUGGUGUCAUGGAUGUUAGACAUCCCCAACUCUCUCAGCUGCUUUCUCAGUGUCCCUAAAUUCAAUCAUGGAGUCACUUUAAGAAUCUUGCAGUCCAGACAGACCAUCUUCUUAAGGGGCUGUCUCAGGGAUAGAGACAAUAGUUUGCUAGAAACACUGAAGCUUUAAUGUGAAAUGCUUAUCUAGAAACACCGUUUGCACAAAGGGGUACUGAUAGUCCUUUUUUCCAGAAGGAUCACACUUCAUUGCCUUGGUAUAUCUAAUAUGUUAGGUUUUUUAAUUGUUAUUUUAGUGGAUAGGCCCCUUCUCUAGAAAAUGCAAAACUCAUGUCAUUGAGCCAAGCCUUGAAUGUAUAUGACUGGUGUGCAGUGGUCACUGGCUGGUACUUAUGCUACAGAACACUGCGUGGAAGCACAUUUCUAAUUACAUAGGAAAAUGUUUGUCAUCCUCUCUUUCUCUCUGGAUUACUAGAGAGCAAAGGGGAAAGUUCAUCCUGUAUUCUUAAGUAAUGUAUGGUAUCCUGGAAGUUUACAAAUUGUAAAUGCACAGAAAAGUUACAAUCUUCACAUGGGCACUUAGGUUUCACUGUCACUGUGAAGAGUAAACAUAAGCUGUUAAAAAUAGCAGGUUAUCUUUGAAUGACAGAUAGUCAGAAAUUCAGGACAAUAACAUGGUGUAACAUUGCUGGUAUUUUUUUUUUGCUUUUGAGCCUCUUUCAGAUGGAACUUUUUUUUCAAAUUUACAUUAAAAUUCAUUUAAAUAUUUGACAUGUUUUUGUGCUUUGACAAGUCACUUUGGCAGUCUAAUCUUCAGAUCUCACAUUCAUAAAGAAGUGAAUUAAAUGGCAGCUGGACUGAUGCAGAAAUUUAGUUAGAGUAAAUAGAAUCAUCAGAAAGAAAGCCUUACUGUUUCAAAAUUGAAGCUAAUCUUUAAAGGCCACCAGAGAUAGAACUAAGGUAAAGGUGAGAUUAAAUUGAGGGAUUUUCUGUAAGAAUGUCAAAAGCUAUAUAUGAUUUGACUCUGCUUAAUUUAUUUUGUCAAGUUUUGCUGGUGGAGACAAUUGGCAGGUCACGGUUGUGUAGAAAUUCACUUGCUAGUUUGUUUCCUAAAAAUGCAAAUUUGUUUUGUAGAGACCAUCAUAAAGGGAAUUUUAUUUAAGACCCAUCAUGGUAAAUUGGUAAGGACCAAAUGGUUAGCUUAAAUCUUUGGGAAAGAAAAGGUUGGGAUUAUCAGCUGUAUUUUGAAGAAUUACUAUACUUUUAUUAUGCCUCUGCCUUUAAAAAAUGGGAUUGCUCAUUAGCAAGGUUCUCUAGUUUCUGAUUUUACCAUUAUAAACAUUCCUAUAGAUGUUUUUGGACGCUUAAAUUAGGUCAAAUUUCACAAAACAAUUUUUAUACCCUUAUGGGUGGGGUUACACACAAUUAAACUAUUUCAGGAAAGUGAGCCAACCCACUGACUCCAGAUGGGGAAGUCAAAUGUACAUGUAUAAAUUUGUAGUUAAAUCUUUAGUCAAAUUAUAAUUUAAAAUAUUUUUGCAGUUCUUGUGUUGAUGAUGUGCCUUUUGUUAUAGUUAAAUGCAUUGUAUUUUGUUUUCUUCUUGUGUAUAUAUAUUCCUACCUGCACGAAGCUUUAAAAAGAGUUAAAAUUUAUCUCUAUUAAAAACUAUAUAUAGUUUUUGCUAUGUGCUACAUCCAUAGCUUAUCAAAAUUACCAUUUCAGUGCAGUGUUUCAUUUGUGGGAGCUUUUGUCGUUCUUCAGACAUGUGCUGAUCAACAUGUCUUACAAAAUGAGUCAUCACAUCUACAAAACAGCUGAAAUAACAGGCUUUGCCAGUGCUGUUUAUCACGUUUAUCUUUAAUGUUUCUACAUGUCUCAAACUAUGCCAAGGUGUGUCAAGAUGUAAUGAAACUUUAUACAGUGAUGCCCAGUACACUUGAAAGUAUUCUGGCAGUAAUAAAAUUAGAAAUGUCUGGGAUGUGGGCUGAGAGAAUAAUGUGUUCUUUAUGAAAAUGUGUUAAAUACUAAACAAAGUACAAAACAUGCUCAAAUGUUCUCAUACCUGUGACAAAUAUCUAGACUUAAACAUCUUUAUCCUGAAUUCACUCAGCUGUGUCUUGUUUUUAGAACAUUUGGUACUCAACCUGAGACACUAGAUCUAGAUUUCUGCACCAUUUCAGCGCAGCUGCAGCAUUAUACAAGAAGGUCAAAAAGCAGAACACUACUUCUUUUUUCCCCUGUGCAUGUGCAUGUGUGCACAUACUUUUAAUUCUUAGGUGAGGAGGUCUGAGGGAUAUAUAUAGAUGUAUAUACACAUGUAAGUAGGGAUAAAUUAAUUAUUCCUUGAUAAAGUUUUUACCAUAUUAUGCUGCCAUUUUGCCACUCAUUUUUCUUGGGCUUAAUAAGAAAAUAUAAAAUGUUGGGGUUGCUGACUCAACCCCAUUGCUUAGCCUUUUCAGGGGUUUAUUUUGAGCUGCUUUUGGUUGAAUGUUGAGCCUCUUUUUGUUUUCAUCCUGUGGGCAGCAAAACAGUGAGGUAAAAAUGCCUAUAACAAUGAAUGUUGCAAGAUGAAGUUUUAAAUGGCUUUAUUAUUCUUUCGAUUUGGAGACUUUUUAUAUCACUGUCUGUUUUAAGUGCAAAUUUCUUUGAACACCCUUUCUGAUGUGAAUUUGAGAAAAAUUUUAGCAGCCUGCUUCAUUCUGUAAUGCUGAACGUUGUUGCAGCCAGUAAGCAUUAGAUGUAGUACUUGUAGUGUGCAAGCGUGUUGGUCUCAAUUACUUAAAUCUAAAAUUUCCAACAUACUCCUGCUAGCUUUAACAUAAUUAAAUUCAUUUGUUUUGACAGCAAAAGAGUGAGG